AUGGUCCGUGAGUUGAUAAUGGCGUACAGCAUUUUAAAAGAUCGAGAAAAACGUGCACGGUACAACAACUUGGCGGACUACGACAAAGGGUGGCUGUCGGGUAAACGAUUCAAAGCUGUGUUUUGGCCUGAGUGGGAGACCGUUGCUCAAAGACUGGCAUGGAUGAAAAGAAUGGGUCUCCUUGCUUUAUCGGCUGGUCUUACAAUCGGAGGAAUCGUAACAAUUGUUUUAACCGCUGGUCUAUCAUCUCCUUGGUCACAAUGUGCUGUCAAAGGUGGUUUCGAUUCUUUACGCGAGACUAUUAGCAAGGAGGCAGUCUUGGAUGGACGUGAUGUUCAAAAGCACCUCAUUUCAACAGGUGCUGGAUAUCUCCUUGCCUUUCUUCCGGGUGGAGCGGCCAUAGGAGCAUCCCUUGUGCAGUCUACAGCACUUUCAGCGAGCGAGUUCUUAGGAAUAAGAAUUGCCAUUGCCAUGCACUGGAUGUGCAACUGUAAAAUCUCUGGGCACAGAUGCGAAGAGUUUCAUGGACGGUGGCAAGAUCACUGCUAAACAGGCAUUCUGUCAUGCUGCUUGUCAUUGCACGGCAGCCGUUGCUGCAAUACUUACAGAACACGCUAUUCCCAAGGAUAUAUGCCUUGGUACUGCUGCUGAAACAAAUUCAAAUCUUGAGAUUGCAGCAGAAGAGAUUGGCGAGCAGGGUCUAACCGAUCAAGCAAAGUCAAGCCUUUUGGAGCGAAUUCCAAACGUCACGAAAGUCAUUACUGAAAAAGCUGGGCAGUUACUCACGGCUGAGAAGCACUCAGAUGAUACUGAAGCGGACCUUCCAGAAGCGGAGAGUUUCUCCCUACCUGAUGACGUGGUUCUGGAGAAAGCGUUUGAGCUUAAAGCAAUUGCAGAGAAGUCCUUACAACAUGACAAUUUGGAAGAUCUAAGCUUUCAAGAAGGCAACGUUGAAGGUUCAGAAUGCACCCAGGACGACGCUGAGGUGCAUUUGACUGACGAACAGUCAAACAGUGGUGGAAUCGUCAUGUACUUAUCUAAUGGUUGGUGGUAUUCGGGAUUAUCCAAGAUGAUUGUGAGUUACCUGCUAAACAACAAAGAGCUUACAAAGAAAGUGAGAGGGAAUGGAAAGCAAGUAAAAAUCCCAUACAAUGCGAGGGAAAUGAAAGUGUGUUUCAAAAUAUGGCGACCCACCUCCGGCUGGGGUGACGUUUUUAAAUAUGAUCGUUUGAAAAGAUGCUGGUGUGAGCCGUACGAGCCACAUGUAUUCCACUACCCAACACCAGUGACUCGCACGUUUACCAUCGAAGGUACUCUGUGGUGGGAAGCGGUGAUGAAAGUCACAGACAUGUAA